GGCCCCGCCCACGAAGCUCUGGGCCCUCCCGCGCUGUCCCCUCUGCUCUGUUUCGGCUGCUCCGCUGCGCCAUGGCGUUCGUGACCAGGCAAUUCGUGCGCUCCAUGUCCUCCUCCGCGUCUGCCGCCGCCAAGAAGAUCCUGAUCAAGCAUGUGACGGUCAUCGGCGGCGGGCUGAUGGGCGCCGGCAUCGCGCAGGUGGCUGCAGCAACUGGCCACACAGUUGUAUUGGUGGACCAAACAGAGGACAUCCUGGCAAAAUCCAAGAAGGGAAUUGAGGACAGCCUGAGGAGGAUGGCAAAGAAGAAGUUCACAGAAAACCCUAAGGCUGGUGACGAGUUUGUGGCGAAGACCCUCAGCUGCCUCUCCACCAGCACUGACGCAGCCUCGGUGGUGCACAGCACGGACCUGGUGGUGGAGGCCAUCGUGGAGAAUCUGAAGUUGAAGAACGAGCUGUUUCAGCGGCUGGACAAAUUCGCUGCAGAACAUACGAUCUUUGCCAGCAACACCUCUUCUCUGCAGAUCACAAGCAUAGCCAACGCCACCACCAGACAAGACCGAUUUGCUGGCCUCCAUUUUUUCAACCCAGUCCCCAUGAUGAAGCUUGUGGAGGUCAUUAAAACACCAAUGACUAGCCAGAAGACGUUUGAAUCUCUGGUCGACUUUUGCAAAACCUUAGGAAAGCAUCCUGUUUCUUGCAAGGACACUCCUGGAUUCAUCGUGAACCGUCUCUUGGUGCCGUACCUCAUAGAGGCCAUCAGGCUACACGAGCGAGGGGAUGCGUCCAAGGAGGACAUUGAUACCGCCAUGAAGUUGGGAGCUGGGUACCCCAUGGGUCCUUUUGAGCUUCUUGACUACGUUGGGCUGGAUACUACGAAGUUCAUCUUGGAUGGGUGGCAUGAAAUGGACCCAGCGAAUCCCCUAUUUCAGCCCAGUCCUUCCAUGAAUAAUCUGGUGGCCCAGAAGAAGCUGGGCAAGAAGACCGGAGAAGGAUUUUACAAGUACAAGUGAUGCUUCAAGAGUCCCUCCACAGCACCCCGAGCCAGCCCUGGGGCAAGAAUGAGGGAACUGUGGGUGAUGGCUGCAAGGCUUGCCAUGGCUGCCUGCCCUUGCAGUCUCUCCGAAGUAAUCGUUUGACUCGUUGCAGUAAUAAGGUUCCUCCACUGAGAUCUAAUUCUCUGCCUUAGUAUGUUCUCUUCUGUGUGUUUUUCUGUGCCUUGGAGCAAGCAUCUCUUUUCUGAACCUUGCUGGGUUUUUUUGUAAAAGCAUUACUUAGACUCA